AACCUGGAGAUUUAAAAGCCGCCGGCUGGCGCGCGUCGGGGGGAAGCAGGGGGGGGACAAGCUUGCACGCGCCAGCCCCGGGUGACAGCCGCACGCCUCGGCCAGGAUCUAAGUGACGAGAUGUGUCCCCAUCGAGGCACUUCACAGCAACAGGUGUUUAGCCUGGCCUAAGACGUUGGACCUGCAUGAGAGGACUGGCAGAAAUGGGUGUCUGGCUGAAUCCUAGACAGUCAGUGGCAGCAAGGAGGAGAGACUGUGGCUUCUGGAGCAGGGCUGAGACACAGCAACUGUGGAGUUGGUGAGCGGCCUCUGGCAUCCUUCCUGCCUGGCCAACCAUGGUCCAGAGGCUGUGGGUAAGCCGCCUGCUUCGGCAUCGGAAAGCUCAGCUCCUGUUGGUCAACCUGCUGACCUUCGGCCUAGAGGUGUGUCUGGCUGCAGGGAUCACCUAUGUGCCACCCCUUCUGCUGGAAGUGGGGGUAGAGGAGAAGUUCAUGACUAUGGUGCUAGGCAUUGGGCCGGUGCUGGGCUUGAUAUCUGUUCCACUCCUAGGCUCAGCCAGUGACCAGUGGCGUGGGCGCUAUGGCCGCCGGAGGCCCUUCAUCUGGGCCCUGUCCCUGGGAGUCCUGCUAAGCCUCUUUCUCAUCCCGCGGGCUGGCUGGCUGGCAGGGCUGCUGUGCCCAAAUGCCAGGCCCCUAGAGCUGGCGCUGCUGAUCCUGGGCGUGGGGCUACUGGACUUCUGUGGCCAGGUGUGUUUCACUCCACUGGAGGCCCUGCUCUCAGACCUCUUCAGGGACCCAGACCACUGCCGCCAGGCUUUCUCUGUCUACGCCUUCAUGAUCAGCCUCGGGGGCUGCCUGGGCUACCUCCUCCCCGCCAUUGACUGGGAUGCCAGCGCCCUGGCCCCCUACCUGGGCACCCAGGAGGAGUGCCUCUUCGGUCUGCUCACACUCAUCUUCCUCACCUGCAUGGUGGCCACUCUGUUUGUGGUUGAGGAGGCAGUGUUGGGCCCACCUGAGCCAGUGGAAGGGCUGUCGGCCACCUCUGUGUCACACCCCUGCUGCCCAUGCCGUGCCCGCCUGGCUUUCCGAAACCUGGGCACCCUGUUUCCCCGGCUGCACCAGCUGUGCUGCCGCAUGCCUCAUGCCCUACGCCGACUCUUUGUGGCUGAGCUGUGCAGCUGGAUGGCACUCAUGACCUUCACGCUGUUUUACACGGACUUUGUGGGCGAGGGGCUGUACCAGGGAGUGCCAAGAGCUGAGCCAGGCACUGACGCACGAAGACACUAUGAUGAAGGCAUUCGCAUGGGCAGUCUGGGGCUCUUCCUGCAGUGCACCAUCUCCUUGCUCUUCUCUCUGGUCAUGGACCGGCUGGUGCAACGGUUCGGCACCCGGGCCAUCUAUCUGGCCAGUGUGGUGACUUUCCCAGUGGCCGCUGGUGCCACAUGCCUGUCUCGCAGUGUGGCCGUGGUGACGAUCUCAGCUGCCCUCACUGGAUUCACCUUCUCAGCCUUGCAGAUCCUGCCCUACACACUGGCUUCCCUCUACCAUCGCGAGAAACAGGUGUUCCUGCCCAAAUAUCGAGGGGACGCUGCAGGUGGUGGCAAUGAGGACAGCCUGACAACCAGCUUCCUGCCAGGCCCUAAGCCAGGAGUUCCAUUCCCCAAUGGACACAUGGGUGCUGGAGGCAGUGGCCUGCUGCCAGCUCCACCUGCGCUCUGUGGAGCCUCUGCCUGUGAGGUCUCCAUGCGAGUGGUAGUGGGUGAGCCAACUGAGGCCAGGGUCGUUCCUGGCCGGGGCAUCUGCCUGGACCUCGCCAUCCUGGACAGUGCCUUCCUCCUGUCCCAAGUGGCCCCAUCCCUGUUUAUGGGGUCCAUUGUCCAGCUCAGCCAAUCUGUUACUGCCUACAUGGUGUCAGCUGCAGGCUUGGGUCUAGUUGCCAUUUACUUUGCUACACAGGUAGUAUUUGACAAGGGUGACUUGGCCAAAUACUCAGUGUAGAAUGCUUCUGACACACUGACUGAGGGGCCUGCCUCCCUGGUUCUCAGCCCCUAUAGGGUUGCCAGGCGGGCUUUCAGUUUCUGUUGCUGCCAAGUGAUGUGGCUCUCUGCUGCCACCUCGUGGCAGUGAGGUGCAUAGCUGCACAGAUAGGCGACUGGGGCUUCUCUCCCAGAUUUCCAGUCUCUAUGGCUGACUGACUGGCAACUUCCCAAGUGUGUUUCAUUCUGGACUUCUGCAGGGAGGCCAGAAGGCAGGGCAUUUGAUUAUCUCCAUGCACUGGAUUGCAGGACUCUGCAGGUGGAUUACCUAGACUCA